AUGAAGACUGGGACAACAAGCCUUUUGUCAAAGGCCACCACUCCAUCUCGAAUUUUAUGUUCUACACCAGCGAGUCGACAUCGAACAUUAAACAGCGACGAUAACAGGCAAUCGCAAAUACGGAGCCUUCCAACAAUACGCGCAUUUAGGGGAAGAUGCAGAUCUACUCAGCAUGACCUAUCAUUAAAACCAAUACAGAUACGCUCUUUUCAUGCAACAACGAGAUACCAAGCCACGAGAAACCCCUAUGAUGUUCUUGGAGUAGAUACGGGCGCCUCUGCAUCAUCCAUCAAGAAAGCAUAUUAUGGUCUUGCCAAAAAGUUCCAUCCGGACACAAAUAAAGAUUCGAAUGCUAAAGAUAAAUUUGCCGAAGCACAAACUGCUUACGAAAUUUUGACCGAUCCACAGAAAAAGGCAGCUUGGGACUCGUAUGGAGCUGCAGCGUUCGAUCAAGGAGCAGGACCAGGACCAAGACCCGGACCUGACGCUGAUCCAUUCACAGGAUUUGGGGGUGGUGGUUUUGGAGCCGAUUUCAAUUUCGAAGACUUGUUUAAGGGUGGUUUCACCGGUGGAAAGAAGGGUAGAGGUGGAAGUCGCAAUCCGUUUCAACAAGAAGAAAUACUGGUCGGAGACAGUAUUGAGGUUCAAACAAAGAUUUCCUUCACGGAGGCAGCAAAAGGGACCAGCCAAACGAUCAACAUUUCUCCAUUAUCCACUUGCAAAACAUGUACUGGAAAUGGCUUGAAAUCCGGAACGAAGCGAUCGGCAUGUAAAUCUUGCGGAGGGUCCGGUACACGGGUGUAUUCUAUGGGUGGUUUCCAAAUGGCUUCGACAUGUACUGCCUGCGGUGGUCGAGGAUUGGUGAUUCCAGCUGGAUCAGAAUGUCGGACAUGCUCUGGAAAUGGUGUUGUGCGUGACCGCAAAACGAUUACUGUUGACAUACCUGGAGGUAUUGAGGACGGUAUGCGUUUAAGAUUAGAUGGGGAAGGUGAUGCCCCAGCUACUGGCCAGUCUGCGAACCCCAACGGCCCUUCACAACGUGGUGAUCUUUAUGUGCUCGUUCGAGUGGCCACGGAUCCGAAAUUUAGUCGCUCUGGGUCUGAUAUCUUAUAUACUGCAACGAUUACUUUUACAACCGCGUUGCUUGGAGGCGAGAUUAAGAUACCAACCUUAGAUGGAGAUGUCAGUGUUAAGGUUGCGACUGGGACUAGCACUGGAGACAAGAUUACUCUAGGGGGUAAGGGAAUGAGAAAGCUGGAGGCACGUAAAGGAGGAAACGGAGACCUGAAAGUCGAGUUCAAGGUUCUCAUGCCCAAAUCCCUGAGCGCCAACCAGCGAGCAAUCAUUGAAAUGCUUGCCGAUGAGAUGGACGAUAAAACAGCGAAGCGGAUUAUGAAUGUUGGCCGUUCCUCAAGUUCCUCAUCAUCUUCCCCAUCGAAUGCCGAAGGGAAUCACCAGCAAGAAGGGUUCCUCAAAUCCGUCUGGCACAAAUUCACAGAUGGUGCUAAUUCGCCAAAUGGAGGUGAGAAAGAGGGUUCUAAGAAGAAAUGA